UCAAGGCAUAAAAAGAGAGUGGCCACCUCGCCUACCUCCAUACUCUCUUCCUACCAGAUUACUACAUCUGGGUGACAGUGAGCUCCAUUAAUCAAAAUCACAAUGGACUUUCUCCCAGGUAAUACCUCAAUCGCAACCAAUACCUCCUACCCCAUCAACACCACCUCCACUCUCCCAAUCUCCCAAACCAACAUCAACAAUACUAACCACCCACUCACCAACCUAACAGACUCCCUCCUCUCCCUAAUCCAACAACAUCCAACCUUCCAAACCCUCACCUCCACCCCCAUCGCCUCCCACCUCGCCUCCCUCCACACUACCUACCUAACCCCCUACGUCUCCCACUGCCGCUCCGCCUACCUCGACCCCUACCUCAUCCACCCGCUCGCCUCGCUCCUCACCUCCUCCAUGCCCAUGCCCGACCUCGUCUCCAUCUUCAUCCUCGCCCUCGUCCUCAUCAUCUCCCUCAAGAUCCUCGACUAUGCUCGCCGUCUCGUCAUGUUCUGGGUGAAUCUUGCCCUGAGGUUGCUGUGGUGGGCGCUCGUGCUGGGCGCCUUGUGGUAUGUGUAUUCAGUGGGGAUCGAGAAGACCGGAAGGGAUUUGGGAUGGCUUGUUGGUGUUGCGGGGGGGUUCGUGGAUGGGUUUAGGGAUGGGGUUGAGGGCGGGAGGGCUGUUACGGGAUCUGGGGGUGGUGUUGGGGGGUAUGCGACGGGGAUGGGUGGGGGGAGGAGGUAUUAGUUUUGGGUUGUGAGGGGAGAGUGUUAUUAAAAGAAUGCAGUUGGGUUUGAGUUGGAGUUGUUGGGAACUUGGUAAUAAUCAUGGAUUGGGUUGAUGGUUUAUGGUAGAUGAUAAAGAGUGGGAUUGGAAUGAACACCGCAGUUCGAGCCGCGGUCCGAGACCGGCCGGCCUGGACUGAGCUGGGGCUACUACGUACUACGAAUAAACGAUUGCAUGUUGCAUGGUUCGGUUGAAUGUGAAUGUGAAUUGAGUUCAGUUGCCUUGAAUUGAGCGGUGUAGAGAGUAUAAUAGAUAUGUGGUGCUAUGGUAUGCUAAGCCAUGUAUACUGCAAGGAUUGAGGAAUUUGUUGUUUUUUUCUUUUGGGUGAUAAGAUAAGACAAGAAGAAACAACUCAUAUACAUACUACUUAUCUAUCUAUCAAUUACUACUUUCUGCAGUUGAAUAGCUGUUUACGGAGCUAUCUACCAAGUGACACGAAAGA